AUGUUAUUAUUCCACAGUGAGUUUUGUAGAAGAAGAAGAAAAACCUAAAUAAUUUAUUUAUGGAAGUUUAUUUAACAUACGAGUGACGAAAUGCCAUUGGAAUCAAAGAGCCCCUCGAGAAACACAGAGGCGACAUUAAAAAUUCCCUUCGAAACCCCAAGACACGCAGAAAUUGCAUUCCGUGUUUUAAGUGUAGACCAAGAACCCAGACGCAAUUUUGUAAGUAAAGAUUUGCGAUUAGUGGAAAACAACAUUGAAGUGCAUUUCAUUGCGGAUCAAGUAAAAAAUUUAAGGACUGCAAUAACAUCGUUCUUUGAGAGUUUGCUGCUGUGUACAGACACAAUCAAAUCAUUUGAUUUAGAAACAAUUAAAAAUGCCGGAACACACUCCAGCCCCAACACCUCAUAGAGCGAUAUAUGGUUAUGCUUUUUAUCUGUUAGUUAUAGCUCUUUUUGUAUUUUAUUUUUUAUGGGCCCUGCUGCCAACCAAAGAAUGGGGUCUAACCUAUCUACCCGAUAAAUAUUUUGCCGUACUUCUUCCUAUGUUGGUCCUAGUUGGAUUGUCUUUUUUUGCAUUUUUCAUUUAUCCUGCUAUCAAUAUGUCCCUUACUGCUGACAUCGAUGAGAUGGCCUCUGUUGUCGAUGUUCAGCUGAUAUUAAAAGGAAAAUCAAAAAAAUCUGUUCAGUCCUGGCAUGAAUUACAACAAGAAAUGACACCUAAAAGGAAAUCCUGUGAAAAUAUUGACAAUUUCAUUGGAUAUUGUAAAUAUUGUUUAGGAAAGCAUAGUAUACCUAAAGUGGAAGAUCAGAUUGACACCUUACGAUUUUUGGAUUUAGCGGAAUUGAAUAAAAAAUUAUUUGAAUAAAAAUUUA